AUGUCAGAGGGAAACGGGAGUGCAGUGACUGAGUUUGUCAUCGUGGGGUUCCCUGGACUCAAAGCUAAAUACUACGGCCUGGCCUCUGCCGUCAUGUUCCUGGUGUAUGUCUGCACUUUGCUGGGAAAUGCCAUAUUUCUCAUGCUGUUCACAAAGGAUCGCAGCCUCCACAAACCCAUGUACAUCAUAAUUUUAAACCUGGUUGUGUCGGACAUUCUGUUCAGCACUACCACUUUGCCAAAGAUCAUUGCCAGAUACUGGUUUCAGGCAGGAACCAUUUCAUUCACCGGCUGCUUUGUGCAGAUGUACUUUGUGCACUAUUUCGGAAGUGUCAAUUCCUUUGUGUUAUUCAUAAUGGCUUUAGACCGUUACGUGGCGAUAUGCCACCCUCUCAGAUACCCCAUGAUCAUGACAAAUUUUAAUGUGUGUAUGCUCCUUGCCACUGCCUGGCUGAUCUCGAAGGCUGGUCCGAUGAUGAUGGUGAUCAGGGCGUACCCUCUGCCUUACUGUGCAUCAAACAGAAUAGUCCAGUGCUACUGUGAUCACAUUUCAAUCACAGUGCUCGCGUGUACCGACAGGGCGCCUUACGGCUUCCCGGCCUUCAUUGCCGCUAUGGUGGUACUGCUUGUGCCGCUGGCGUUUAUCGUCUUCUCCUACGCCUCCAUCAUCGUGGCCGUGAUCUGGAUCGCCAGCACGGAGGGUCGCCUCAAAAUGCUGUCCACCUGCAGUGCCCAGCUAAUCAUCAUCGCCCUCUACUACCUCCCCCGCUGUUUCGUGUACCUGGCGAGCAUCGUGGGAAUUAAAUUCAGCAGGGAUCUGCGCAUUGUCAUCAUCAUGCUGUACAGCCUGCUCCCACCCAUGAUAAACCCACUCAUAUACUGCUUGAGGACUACGGAAGUGAAGCAAAUCCUGCUGAAAAAAUUUAGGGGACAAAGGGUGCAUGUGCAGAGACAAAAUAUCUCUACUCUUUGCAACUAA